CGGUGUCCUUACUUUCUCUCUCUCUCUUCUGCGGCAAUCUUAUCGGAGAAUAAGAUUCGAGUUCGUGAAUCUAGGGAUCUGCAAUCAACAAUGAAUCGCCACCACGACCCCAACCCUUUCGAUGAGGAGGAAGAAGAAAUCGUCAAUCCCUUCUCUAAAGGCGGUGGACGGGUUCCUGCUGUAUCUAGGCCAGUUGGAUUUGGUCAAAGCCUCGAUGCUACUGUUGAUAUUCCCUUGGAUAACAUGAAUGACUCUUCACAGAAACAGAGAAAGCUUGCUGACUGGGAAGCUGAGCUUAGGAAGAAAGAAAUGGAUAUUAAACGGAGAGAGGAUGCUAUUGCUAAAUCUGGUGUUCAGAUAGAUGAGAAAAACUGGCCGCCGUUUUUUCCAAUCAUACACCAUGACAUCGCUAAUGAGAUACCAGUUCAUGCUCAAAAACUGCAGUAUCUGGCUUUUGCUAGUUGGUUAGGUAUCGUUCUGUGUCUUGUAUUCAAUGUGAUUGCAACCAUGGUCUGCUGGAUUAAAGGCGGAGGCGUAAAGAUCUUUUUCCUUGCCACAAUAUAUGCGUUGAUGGGAUGUCCACUUUCUUAUGUUGUAUGGUACAGGCCUCUCUACCGAGCCAUGAGGACUGACAGCGCUUUGAAGUUUGGUUGGUUUUUCUUCACCUACUUGAUUCACAUUGGCUUCUGCAUCGUUGCGGCCAUUGCCCCGCCAAUUUUUUUCCAUGGAAAAUCAUUAACGGGUGUGCUUGCAGCAAUUGAUGUCAUCUCAGACAGUGUAUUAGCCGGGAUCUUCUACUUUAUCGGCUUUGGUCUCUUCUGCUUGGAGUCACUUCUGAGUCUAUGGGUUCUUCAGAAAAUUUACCUCUACUUUAGGGGGAACAAGUAAAAAGAAGGAAGAGAGGAUCCCUUUUGGAAAAAGGUUUGAAAUAUUGUGUUGAGGUAAAUUCUGUAGUUAGCUGUAUUUCUGUUUUGCUUUUCGUCUGUAAUACCUUUAGUACCAGUAUCGUCUCUUCGAACGUUUGGGAUUUUGUUGACAAAGUUUACCUUUGAAGACAAAAUAGCCAUCAAAUUAUUACCAGUCUAAACUCACUUCGGUCUCAAUUUAUGAUUCUGUUGUUUAUCAGUGCAUAAUGGCAGUGAACUUGUUACAUAUGCAGAUGUAUUUUUAAAUCACACCCCAAUCAAUAGUUUUGUUGUAAUACAAGU